AUGCUUGACCAUCUUGCUCUCUCCAUCACCUCUGACAAAUACCAGGAGGUGCUUGACUUCUAUCUUGCUACCCUGGCUCCUCUGGGAUACGAACUUCGUCACUCAAUCCACGACGGCAAGGUUGUUGGACUUGGAUGCAAAGAUGCGCCGGCCCAUGAGGCCGACUUUUGGCUUUCUGGUUUUGCCCAAUCGGCUUCUGAAAUCAAGUAUGCGCACUGGGCUUUCAAGACCGACGAUCGCAAGGUGGUGGACGAGUUCCAUGUCAAGGCACUAGCAGCUGGUGGCAAGGACAAUGGCGCGCCUGGGCCACGACCGCAAUAUGGACCUCACUACUAUGGCGCGUUUAUCACCGAUCCCGUUGGAAACAACAUUGAGGUGGUUUGCAAAAAGCCUGAAUAG